UUGAGGAGACAGAGUGAAAGUGCAGGGGCAGUUUGAUGAAGAGAGACAGAGGAGAAGAAGAGAAGAAGAAAGUGCAGAGAAAAUGACGCGGAGCCGCAAAUAAGCGCAAAUACGCGGCGUUUCCACCGCAAAGGGCCGAGAGCUGAGCUUCUACACACACCAGGAGCAGAUCUAACACACCUAACACACCUAACACACCUAACAGAUCCUACAGAGCUUUUAUUUUUGUUGUUGUUGUUGUUUUUGGAAAUUGGGAAGAAGGAAAAUUCAGUCCGAGUUUUUGCGCUUUAUUUGCUGAUUUCUGAGUUUCGUUUCUGGAGAUUGAGUCUUUUUCUGCGCUCAUUUUUGUGAGUUAUUUUGUUCGGUUGUAAUUUUGUGAAGCUCGCGUUAUUCCGCGGUGUGUGAUGGAGUUCAGUCCGUGUCCGAAGCCGCAGCUCUCCUCCAGAGCCAACGCUUUCUCCAUCGCGGCCCUCAUCUCCUCCAGCACAGCCAAAGACAAGGAGAGCGAGGAGAACACCAUCAAACCUCUGGAGCAGUUCGUGGAGAAGUCUCGGUGUGUGGAGCUGCGCGGCGCUGCGGGAGGAGGAGCAGGUGGUGGAGGAGCUGGAGGUGGAGGUGCAGGUGGAGGUGCAGGUGGUGGAGGAGCUGGAGGAGGAGCGGGUGUGGGUGUGGAGGCGGAGGCGGAGGUGGAGGUGAGCACAGAGCCGCUGAUCCCCUGCAGUCCCGCGGUACCGAGUGAACACAUGGCCAACAUCAGCUGCAGCCUCGAGACCAAAGACCUGUGGGACAAAUUCCACGAGCUCGGAACCGAGAUGAUCAUCACCAAGUCGGGCAGGAGGAUGUUCCCCACUAUCCGCGUGUCCUUCUCCGGAGUGGACCCGGACUCUAAGUACAUCGUGCUGAUGGACAUCGUUCCUGUGGACAAUAAGAGAUAUCGGUACGCGUAUCACCGCUCCUCAUGGCUCGUGGCGGGAAAAGCGGAUCCUCCCUUACCUGCCAGGCUGUACGUCCAUCCCGACUCGCCGUUUACCGGAGAGCAGCUGCUCAAACAGAUGGUGUCCUUCGAGAAAGUGAAGCUCACCAACAACGAACUGGAUCAACACGGACACAUCAUCCUGAACUCGAUGCAUAAAUAUCAGCCUCGUGUUCACAUCAUUAAGAAGAAGGAACACACAGCGUCGCUGCUCAACCUCAAAUCUGAGGAGUUCCGAACCUUCAUCUUCACCGAGACCGUGUUCACCGCCGUCACCGCGUACCAGAACCAACUGAUCACUAAGCUGAAGAUCGACAGCAACCCGUUCGCUAAAGGCUUCAGAGACUCAUCCAGACUCACAGACAUCGAGAGUAGGGAAAGUGUAGAGAGUUUGAUCCACAAACACUCAUACGCUCGCUCGCCCAUACGGACCUACGCCGGAGAGGAGGAGACACUCGGAGAGGACACACACACCACACACACCCGGGGCUCUGCUUUCACAGCGUCUGAUAACCUCUCCUUGAGCUCGUGGGUUUCGGGCUCCUCGGGUUUUUCAGGGUUCCAGCCCCCUCAGUCCCUGGCCCACCCCAUGCAGGGCUCUUUGCCCCCCUACGGCAGACUGGCAGUCCCUCUGGCCCCCCCAGCUCUGACGGGCACCAGCGGGCCGAGCUUCCCUUCCUUCCACAUGCCGCGUUACCAUCACUACUUCCAGCAGGGUCCGUACGCCGCCAUCCAGAGCCUGCGCCACUCCUCCACUGUCAUGACGCCCUUCGUCUGAGUGCCACUGCCUACAGGGGGCGCCACGCAGAAAACACACACACACACACACACACUCGCACUCACAUUCUGCAUGCUGUAACUCCUUAUCUGCUUUAUGUUAGAGGAGGAAACCCUUAAGUGGGUGCUGUGAGCAUGUAAACACACACACACACACACACACACACACUUUCGAGAUGUUUCUUUAUCUCCUUCACAUGUGAGGAAGAAGCCAUUUUCCUUCUCAUGGUGUAAAUAACGUGAUCAUUACCGUAAAGACACUGCUGCCGAGAAAAAAAAACAAAACUCUAAAAUAAAUUCAGACGGACAGAACGUGGUCCUCCUGCCACAAGAGGGAGCUGUGAGCACUGCAUCGUUUAUUCCAAACACUCUUUCACUUUUUAUGUUUAAAAGAGGAGCAGUUUUACUUGUCAACAUGUAAAUAACUUGACAUCGACCCAGAGAUUCUGCUGAAGAGAAAAAUGAAGUAAAUAAAAAUAAAAUAACUUGCAGACAGACAGACACAGGCGCUGCGUCUGCACAGGAGCUGCGUCUGCGUCUGCACAGGAGCUGCGUCUGCGUCUGCACUGAACCGGCUCUGCACCUGUCUCAGGCAUGCUGAAGAUGAGGGACUCUGCUGUAGAGACACUUGGAUUGGAACACAGCCCAGCAACCUGUGCAAGAUGGAAAAGCAGUCUGUAGGGGGCGCUGUGCUGUCUGGACUCCACUCUGCAUAUGUCUUUACAAUGAGCUGCUUUUCAGCUAUUAUAACAACACCGCAAACUCUGGAAAAGUGUCGUGUCCUAACCCCUUAUUCCCUCUCUAGGGCUCAUUACUGAGUCACCUGGAGCUCUAGGGGGCGCUGUUUGUUCGGACACUGAUGUUGUUGCAUGGGAUUUGAUUUGGGACGCGAGUCGGCUGUGUGUAUAAUCACUCAAACACAGUGAAGCGACUCGGGAAGGGGGAAGGUGUUUGUACAUGCUCUCUUCUGAUCAUUACAAUUGGAACACAGCCAUUUUUAGAGGUCACAAUGAUAAAGUCUGCGAUAGAGAGUCUUUACGAUUGGGACGCAGCCAAACAGUGUGUUGUUUUAACCCCUUAUUCCCCGUCUAGAGUGCAGUACUCUAAGACAUUUUUCCUGGCAGAAGGAAGUGUGUAUUUUUUUCUUUUAAUGCCGCAUUUGGAUUGGGACGCGGCCGAGCUAAAGGAGGCCGAGACGUGUGUUAUUAUGAAUAGAGUCGUUAUAUUCAUUAGGAUUUAAUCAGACUUCUGAAUCACACAGCGUUCAUAAUUUAUUUAAAGAUAAAAUCAAGACGCCUUUGACUAAUAAUUAAAGGAGAAUUAAAUUUAAAGAAUUAAAGGAGAACGGUGUUACUGUUCAGCACGAGUGUGUGUGUGUGUGUGUGUGUGUGUGUAAAUGAGAUUUGUAGAGAGUGUUAGGAGCUCGGAUCAGAGACUUUCUUUCCUCGAGGACAUCCUCACCUGUAAAUAACGAGUGUGCGGCGAUUCAUGACUCAGUAAAGUCACAUCGACACACAUUUAUUAACCAGCGCUAACCAAAUUACUGUGUGUGUGUGUGUGAGAGAGAGAGAGAGAGAGAGAGAGAGAGGGAGAAAAAGAGAGAGAGAAAGAGAGAGAUCACUACAGAGCAGAGGAUUUUUACUAAUUACAAAACAGAUUCACUAUAUAAGGAACAGAGCACUUGGGGUCGUGCUGCAACAGAAAAAUAAUCAACACCAGGAUGGUGUGAUGAAGCGGAGUUACUGUUACACACUGAAGUUGAUUAUUUUCCUCUAACAGCACGUCCCAAAGUGUUUUAUUCCUCUUACACCACAACAACAAUUACAUUUUUUUAUUAAAGAAUGACACAUCAUACUUUUUAUCCAUUUAUAGUUACACUUAAUGCUUAGUGACAUGAGUUAGUUCCUGUUGUCGCUUACGUUAUCUUGAAGUUAAUAAAAGAAAAACACGCAGCUUUUUCUUUUUGUUACUGAGAAGCGUAAACUCCUCUGUCCUGAAGACGUCGCAAAACUUACAGCUACAGCUUCACCUCUGACUGUUACAAAGCGCUGACACUGGAGACUCCUUCCAUAAGUGUUACAUAAACAUCUCCAACAGGAAACCGAGUGUAUGCAGAGGUAUGACAGUGAGAAACACUUUCCCUGUGUUUAUCUGGUUGUGUGUGUGUGUGUGUGUUUUCUUUAUGUAUAUUACCCACAUGAUAUUAUUUUGUUUGGAUGAUUUUUUUAAGUGCAAUAUAUUUAUUAUUUCAUCAAAUUCAGCUCUACUAAAAAAACCCAAACAAACGAACAGUAUGGCGUUGAUGCAUUAAUGUAACAUUUGAAGCAUUAAAGGAUAAAUGUUAUUUGUAAACAAGGAAAAAUAUAAAUCUAUAUAAUCAACCAAAA